GGGAACAUCUUGCAGCUGAAGACCACCUUCCUCAGUAAGACUCUCCAACAGCUCAGUGAGAAGUACGGCCCCGUGUUCACCGUGUAUUUCGGAGGGGACCCUGUCGUGGUUCUCCAUGGCUAUGAUGUCAUUAAAGAAGCCCUUAACAGCAUCAUCUUUCAAGAUCCAGAAUGGGACCCUCCCACUCUCCCAUGCUCUUCCCCUGAUCCUCUCUUGCUUCUCUUCCUCUUCUUUUGCUGUUGCUCAGUUCAGCCCUGGCUUUCUUUUAUGUCUGUGUGGUCUCUCUUCCCACGUCCCCUUCCUCUUCCAGGGAUUAUCUUCAGCAAUGGGGAAAGAUGGAAAGUGCUCCGGCGCUUUGCCCUCACCACCCUGCGCAACUUUGGGAUGGGGAAGAAGAGCAUCGAGGAGAGGAUCCAGGAGGAAGCCCGGUAUCUGCUGGAAAAGCUCCGGGACACCAAAGGAAAGCCCUUCGACCCCACCUUCCUUCUCCAGGAAAAAAAGAACAGUGCAUCAGAGUUCACCACUGAAAACAUGCUGACCUCUGUAGCUGAUUUGUUUUCAGCUGGAACAGAAACAACCAGCACUACCAUCAGAUACGGGCUCUUGAUUCUCCAGAAAUACCCGGAGGUAGAAGAGAAAGUGCAUGAAGAGAUUGACCGCGUGGUCGGCCGAGCCAGGGCGCCGUGCAUAGCUGACCGUGCUUCCUCUCCUCAGGGCACCACCAUCAUCCCUGUCCUGACCUCUGCGCUGUACGACAGUAAAGAAUUUCCAAACCCCACAGAAUUUGACCCACAGCAUUUCUUGAACAAAGACGGGACCUUCAGGAAGAGUGACUACUUCAUGCCCUUCUCCGCAGGUAAACGGAUCUGUGCAGGGGAGGGCCUCGCCCGCAUGGAGCUGUUCCUCUUCUUGACCACCAUCCUGCAGCACUUCAAACUGAAUCCCCUAAAGGAUCCCAAGGACAUUGACCUCUCUCCCCUCAUGAGCAGCACCGGCAACUUCCCUCGGCCUUAUCAGCUGUCCAUUCUCCCCCGCUGAGGAGAAGGAGGCCUCUGGCCCACCGGGAACCAUCUGGCAGCCCUUUACUUAGACAAUCUGUCAAGGGGGCACUCAUCAUCAAAACAUGCAGCAAUUGUUUCCCCCAAAAACACAUUUUGAUUCCCCCCCUCCUUUCUUGCUCAGCACAAACCUCAUUCCCCCUUAAGAAGUUUCCAAACCACUGCUUCCCAAAACAGCAGGAUAUUUUGGGAGGGGGGCUGUAUUGCGGAAAUGGGACCCAGAAAAUAAAAUGAACCCAUGAAAAAGGGGGUAUCUGGAAUCUGUUUGGAAGGCAGGCCACAAUUUUAACUGAAAUCUGAAAAAAUGGCAAAUAAAACUUACAUAUAUAUUAACAUUA